CUGGAUAAAGAUCAUUCAUAUUACCAUGUUGUUUAUGAUGAACACAGAACCGGAAAGACAAUGUUGAUUAUAAAAGUUGCAAGAGAAAUUAGGAAAGGCAUCAUAUAUGUUGAUACCCCUGUCAACAUUGAAGAGUUUGAUAAUUCAUUUGGAAAAGCUCUUAACCUUAUAUUUGAUGAAGAUGCAAUAUUAACAUUACAACUAAAACGAAAAUUUUUUGGUGAUACCAAGGCCUUUAAGCAUGCUGCUGAAGUGUAUAAAUCGAAGCACAGCAAACCACUGGUCAUUGUUUAUGACAACAUUAACAAAAUGAUUAAUGAGAACCCAAAAAUUCUUGAUAUUCUUCAAGAUGAUACUAAAAAGAAUGCUGAUAGUAGAAAAUAUGUCACCAUGUUUGUCAGUAAUAAAAUACGUAGUGCCUGGUCACAUGCGAAACAACUGGUGAUAGAAAUUGGUGAUCUUAGUAAAGAAGAAUCAAUGGAAUACCUGACCAAGAAACACAAGAUCAAUGAAGUAGAAGCUAAAAGUUUAUAUGAAUUAGUUGGCAGUUAUAUUGUAGAGUUGCAGACUGUGGCAGAUGAUUUUGUGGCUUAA